UCUUCACAGCUAUCUUCACAGACACAGAGAUGCUUCUCUCUGUCUUUCUUGUGCUGGGCGUCUGCCUGGUUCCUGCUCACUCCAAAUCAGCAGGACAAUAUCUUGGCAGUCCUCUCCUUCAAAAAUGUUUUGAGGAUGCAAAGAAAAUUGUGGAUGAUGCGUACAAGUACUCCAGAGAAGAGAGUCUGAGACGAGUCCGCAAGGAGGUGGUGCGUCCUCACGAUGCCCUUCGUCUUCUGAAGCAGCCUCGUGGUGACACACGCUCAGCUGUGAGGUCUGCAGACUACAUGGCACAAACUCUCCGUCUGCUGCAGGAGAGGGUGCAUCAUAGGCACAGGCGCUCACUCAAUGCAACAGAUUUGCUAUCUGAAGAGGAUCUGAGAAGGCUUGCAGAUAUAACAGGAUGUUCAGCUCGAGUCGCCCGUCCAUCAUGCCGCACCACGCCAAACCUCAACAAGUAUCGCACAGCCACCAGCGUCUGCAACAACCUAAAAAACCCGCGCCUAGGAGCCUCCAAUACAGAGUUCACCCGCUGGCUACCUGCCGAAUAUGAUGACGGCAUCUCCCAGCCAAAAGGCUGGAACAACCGAACAAUCAACAAUUUCUUUCUCCCACUGGUGCGACAGGUGUCCAACAACAUCCUAAGCACAACAGACGCAGGCGUGGUCAACGACACACUAUAUUCACACAUGGUGACCUUGUUUGGGCAGUGGAACGACCACGAUCUCACCUUCACGCCCUUCUCUCCCAGCAUCCGCUCCUUCAGCAACGGGAUUAACUGUGACGAGAGCUGUGAGAAAACUGAGCCAUGCAUCCCCAUCGCGAUUCCUCCCAACGAUCCCCGCUUGCCCACCGGACCAGACAGCUGUAUCCCUGCUUUCAGAUCAGCCCCUGUUUGCGGAACUGGAUUCUCAGCCUACAAUUUUGGCGGUGAUCCCAAAAAGAGAGAGCAGAUCAAUGCCUUGACAGCCUUCCUGGAUCUCGGCCAGGUUUACGGCUCUGAGGAGAUGCUUGCACGGGAUCUUCGUGACCUCGAGAAUGAUGGCGGCCUGCUGCGCGUGAAUAAACAGUUCAAUGACAACGGGCGUUCUCUUCUGCCCUUCCACCCUCUCCAGGUGAACAUGUGUGCCACUCGCAGAAGAGUCACCAACGACACCAACGCCAGGGAGGUACCCUGUUUCAUAGCAGGUGAUGUCCGUGUGGAUGAGAACAUCGCUCUGACAUCCAUUCACACACUGUUCAUGCGUGAGCAUAACCGCCUGGCUCGUGAACUGAAGAGGCUAAACCCACAUUGGGACAGUGAGACACUCUACCAAGAGGCCCGCAAGAUCAUGGGUGCUUACACACAGUUGUUUGUGUUCAGGGACUAUCUGCCCCACAUUGUGGGUGACGACGCAAUACGUAGGCAGCUCGGGCGUUACCCCGGCUACAAUGCCAACGUUGACCCCAGCAUCUCCAACGUCUUUGCAACAGCAGCAUACCGCUUCGCCCACUUGGCCAUCCAACCAGUCAUAUCCCGUCUGGAUGCAAACUACAGGGAGGAUGUCCGGUUCCCCAGUGUCCCCUUGUUCAAGGCCUUCUUCACCCCCUGGAGGCUCGUCUUUGAGGGUGGCAUCGACUCUGUGAUCCGUGGUUUGGUCGGCCGUCCUGCUAAACUAAACACUCAGGAUCACAUGAUGGUGGAUGCUCUGAGGGAAAGGUUGUUCCAGUUUGUGAUGCAUCUGGCUCUGGACCUGGGAUCUCUCAACAUGGAGAGGGGACGUGACCACGGCUUGCCUGGUUACAACGCCUGGCGCAGGUUCUGCGGCCUGUCUACGCCCAGGAACCAGGCAGAGCUUGCACAGGUCCUGAAUAAUAGUGACCUGGCUCGCAGGCUGCUGCAGCUCUAUGGUACACCCGACAACAUUGACAUCUGGCUGGGAGGUGUGGCCGAGCCGUUUGUUCGAGGUGGCCGCGUGGGGCCUCUAUUCGCCUGCCUCAUUGCAACACAGUUCCAGAGAAUCCGGCAAGGUGACAGGCUGUGGUAUGAGAACCCUGGCGUCUUCAACCGGGCUCAGAGGAGCGCUCUGUCCAGAGUCACCUUGUCUAGGAUCAUCUGUGACAACACCGGUAUCACGUCCGUCCCCUCUGAUGCCUUCGGCAUCAUCUCAAAUAGGAACCGGCUCAUGCGCUGCGGCAACAUCGCUGGGUUGAACCUGCUACCCUGGAGGGAGAGACCCUGCACAGAUACAGACUGUGAGCGAGUUGGACUCGUUGGACCUCGAGGACCUCCAGGACAACGAGGUCCCGUAGGACCCCCUGGCCCGAGAGGCCCCCCUGGACCGCCAGCACAUGAAAUAAAUGCUACACAGCCACAAUCUGCCUUCUCCGUCCGCCUGGGCGAGUACGACCCAUCCUCAGAGAAAAUCAUUCGUUUCCAUCAGGUCAUCUACGACAAACAGAACCAAUACAGCACAGAGACUGGCAUUUUUAAAUGCGUCAUCCCAGGUGUCUAUGAGUUCAGCUUUCUUUGCAUGUCUUUCACCUCUGUGAGAAAUGUGGACCUGCUGGUUAACAGCAAGCCGGCGCUGCACAGUUUCAAUGUUUAUCAGGGAGGUCACCACUUGUCAUCAGGGGACAUAGUGCUCCGACUGGAAGAAGGAGACCAAGUGUGGCUAGAGGCCAACGAGGGGACCAUUGGCCUGAACACCCAAAGCCACUUCUCGGGACACCUGCUCUACCCUGUGUGACACGAAUACUCUCCAGACUGAACCACCAGCCUAAAAUACACCAGUGGUUUGUCUGCUUCUGGAUCUGUUUUCAUUACUCAGCCUUUCUGCGCUAAUUUUUGCUUUCAUUGAAUGACAUCAUAAUAAUAAUCUACUUUGGCCGAUGGGCUAGACAAGGGAACACCAUACAACUGCACCGGUUUAAAAAGUUUUACCCAGCAGCCGAACGAGCAUAAAAUGUACUGCAGCAAAUUAGUUUAACUCUGUUACAGCAUGUAGUUUAUUAGAGCAAACAUUUUGAUGGUGGGACCAGUAUUAUUCUGAAUGUUAUCUGCACUGUUGUGUGUUCUGCUUUGUCUGUGAAGCUUGUUUUACUGUAGCUUUAUCUGUUGCAUUUUCAGUUCUUUAAAUAAAGAAAUUGAGCCACA